AAUUGGAAUUCGAAAUCUUAACCGCAAAUAUUUCUUCUAAAGUAAAUGGAUGCAAAAUGAAGAUGAAAACAAUCAUUUCAUCGUCAAUAUUUCUAUGGUAAACAUUUGAAAUGUCUAAAAUUUACAAUAAAUCACUUGUUGGCCUAACUACGGUGAAUGCUAUUCUUUUGGUCAUCAUUUAUGUUCUAUAUUAUCGAACGCCAAUUUCUAACAAUGAUCGAAUAAAAACCAAAUUGAAUGUGCACAAAAUCAUCAUCGAUACUGAAUCUGGAAAAAUUGCCGGUUUCAAUCAAAAAAUUAAUGAUGAUCGAAUGCAGGUAUUUUUGGGUAUACCAUAUGCCGAAGCACCGAUCGGUAAAUUACGAUUUCAGCCACCCAAAGCUAAACAGCAAUGGAAUGAAACAAUCGAUGCAGUUAAUUGGCCGAAUCCUUGCAUGCAACCUGAUCAAUCAUUGCAGCUGAAUAAUUAUAAUUUUAGUGAAGAUUGUCUUUAUUUAAACAUAUGGUCACCAGGCGGCAAUGAUUCACUAAAACCAGUGAUCGUUGUUAUCCAUACUGGAGCAUUUGUAUUUGGAUCGGCUUCCGAAUCCAAAUACAACGGUUUAUUUCUUGCACAUCAUGCCGAAGCCAUUGUUGUCACUUUUAAUUAUCGUCUUAAUUUCUAUGGGUUUUUCUAUCGAUCCAAUAUGACCGAUAUUGUACCGAAUGUCGGAAUGUUAGAUCAAGUAGAAGCAUUUAAAUGGAUUCAUAAAUACAUACGAUAUUUCAAUGGUGAUACAAAUCGUAUUACAUUGGUAGGUCAAUCGUCAGCAGCUCUAUCGAUAGGAAUGCACAUUGUUUCACCAUUAAGUCAAGGUUUGAUUAGUCAAGCCAUUAUGAUGAGUGGUUCGCCAUUACAAGUUAAUGAGCUAAAUGAACCUGAACAAGUUGACAAAUUUUGGUCAAAUUAUCUUCAUUAUAUGAAUUGCUAUAAUACCGAAAAUAUGAUCGAUUGCGUUGAUUCUAAAAUUGCUAAGAAUCGAAGCCGUUUAGUUUCAAUGGAAAUGGUGAAACAAUUGGCUGAUGAUAAAUUAUUUGUAAACAUUCCGAUUAUGAUUGAUGGUCAUUUCCAACCGAAUAAUCCAAUCAAACUUUUAAACAACUUACCCAAAAAGAAUCUGUCCAUACUUUAUGGCUAUACCAAUGAUGAAGGAUCAUGGAUUGCAAUGCUUGAAGAUCGUGAACAAUUCGGAACACAUAUACGAUCACAUAUACAAUCACUAUAUCAAGCAAUGAGUACGGCCGAAUUAUUUCUGAACAAAAUGUUUACAUCAUUGCCGAUCAAUAAGACGAAAAUUAUCGAUUAUUAUUUAAAUCAUUUGUUGAAAAUUCAUACAACACAAAUGGAUAUGACUACUGUUGACACCAUUAUUCUGCAUCGUAUCAUAACCAAUAUGCUUGGUGAUCGAUAUAUUGUUUGUCCAAUGGAAAAGUUCAUUGAUUCUUUGUUAGCGACAAAAAUUCUUCCAUAUAUCAAUAUUAUUGGCAAUACAAAGGUAAUCCUCGAACCAGUAUAUUUUGGAACACAUUCCAACGUGUUUGGUGUGGCAAAUGGAUGGGAUCCUGUCACUCGUUUGAAAUGUUUGCCAUUUUUGGUAUUCCAUUUCUACAACCUGCAUUAUUUGAUCAUUCUGAUCGAUUAGUUUCAAUGGAACUGAUUCAAAUGGUUAAAUAUUUUAUUCACAAAAGACGACUACCAUGGCCAAUGUUGGAUAUUCAUCAUAAAAUAUUCUAUAAUAUUGAUUCUGAUUAUGAAAAAU